AUGAACAUUUUUGAGAAAGAGUUUGCUCAUCAUCCCAGAAGAGACGUCUGCCCAAGGAGUAUUAUACGUGUGAAACCACUAGACGAAGAAACUGAAUCGACGGAAGAAACCGAUGAAAGAAAGAAUACCGGAAAGAAGUAUCGGGGACCGGAAUCGGCAUUGUACACAGCGAUUUACCCUUCAGUUUGCAUAACCAGAGUAUUUGGUUUGGCGCCGUACGAUUUCACAGACGAUCAAAUGGUACCCUCGAACAUCUGCCUCGUAUUUUCCUUCGCCUUCAUGACUAUUUACUGUUACAUCAUGUAUAUCGUGUACUUGAGAUUCACCACUCUUAAAAGAGAGAAACCUGUUUUCGGUGUUGUGGAAACUACAAAGGUAAUUGUGAAUUACAUGGUGGCUAUGUACGAGCUUAUUUCAACGAUAAUUACUAGAAAAGCGUUCAUCCGAAUCUGGAACAAUCUGCAAAAUUUCGAUGAAAAGCUCAGUCAGCUCGGCUACCCGCGCGACGAGACGAAAACCGAGAUCGUAUGUUGGGCUUUUUUGAUCGGUCAAACCAUUGUUUGGACCAUCGUGAAUCAGAGUGGUAUGUACGCGUUCACGGAGACCUGGUUGUUCAACAUUAGCUACAUGUGUAUAUACGUCGGUACCGCGGUGUCCGUCUACAAAUUCUUCGGAAUGGUGACUUUUAUUGGGCAACGAUUCUGUCAGCUGAAUCGGAUAGCCAGAGAAAAUUUACCGCCUAGAGUUGGAUACAAGAGCAGCACCGUUAGUAGAAAGACCGUCCAAGAUCUUCAUGGCGAGUUGAUGACAUUCGGCGAGGCAUUGGAUUCUCUCUACACUUGGCCACUAUUAUUCUGGCUUAUUAAUUUAAGCGUGCACAGCGUAAGUAAUCUCUACUUCUUCAUCGACUGGUUGAUCCUGACUCCUUGGACCGAUACAACCUGGCUUCUAUUAUCCAACGUCUGGUCUUGGUUGAUCGCAUUCAUAAUACAGCUUUUGGCUGUGCAUAUUAGCUGCGAUUACGCGACAACAGAGGCUAACAGUAUGGGUGCGAUCCUAGUCGAAUGGGACUCGAGAAUAAUUAGAAGAUUUCCAUACGACGACACGGUUCGUUCUUCGUUACACUUUUUGAACAGACGUCUUCGUUUCUCUGCGGGCGGUCUUUUCGACGUGAAUUUGUCGCUCCUGUGCUCGAUUGUUGGGGUGCUGUCGUCGUAUCUGAUAAUCCUUCUACAGUUCCCGGCUUAAACGUCGAAACGCCAAAU